UGAAUAUUUGUCCAUUAAUAAUGUCGAGUAAACGUGAGUUAACGAUAUUGUUUGCCCCCCUCUGCUAUGUCGGCGAAAUGAUGUCUUCAGUAGGCAUUGGCGAAGUGCUGAGGAAUGCCGGCCACCGGUGUGUGUAUGCCGUGACCGGCGACUGGCGGUCACGGCUCGAGUCCAUGGGCUUUGAGGUCAGACUGAAAGGACAGUUGACGGACACGGAACCGGUCGCCGAUUCGGCCGACGAUAACGUGAAGAUCGCUUUAGACGCGGGUCUUCUGGACGAUAAGACACCCCUCGAGAAGGCUAUCGAUUGUAACAAUUUUAAUAUGCAAUUACUCUUUGAUGAAGAAGUGAAUACCGAACCAUAUCUGAAGGCUAUUAUAGCCGAUCUGAGGCCAGACCUAAUCAUCACCGAUCAUCUGAUAGCACUGCCAUCGAUAGUCACAUCAGGUAUUCCCUGGAUAUUCAGUUGGAGUAGUAAUCCUCUGGGUUUAGACACCGGGUUUGCCGAUCCAUCGCUUCCGCCCUCAAUGUUGGGUUUGCCGACAAAUAGCAGCGAAGAGAAGAUCCAAAAAUACCGCCAACUAAUCAACGACGGGAAGCGCGAGCUGUGGUUCAAAUACAGGGACAGACUUACGGCCAGCGGGUGUCCCGAAGUGAAGGACUUUCUGCUGUGGACUCCGUCUCCUUUCGCAAACAUAUACAUAACACCCUUAGAGCUCGACUACACAGACGUCAGGCCAUUGCCCGACACUUUUCACGGCUUUGAUUACUAUAAGCGAUCGGGAGAUCAGGAGUUGGCGUUUGAAUUGCCGGCGAAGUUGGCCAACAGAUCGGGAAAAUUGGUUUACCUAUCGUUGGGUUCAAUGGGCGGCGGAAAUGUCGCUCUAAUGAAGAGAUUGGUCGCGAUUUUGGCCAAAUCUCGGCACCGGUUUAUUGUGUCGAAAGGUGUUAAGCAUAACGAGUAUGAAUUGUCGGCCAAUAUGUGGGGCGAGCGGACAGUACCGCAGCUGCGAGUGUUGCCAAUGUGUGAUGCGGUGGUCACUCACGGCGGCAACAAUACUGUCACCGAAACCAUGUAUUUCGGGAAACCUAUGGUAAUAAUGCCGUUAUUCGCCGACCAAUACGAUAACGCACAGCGAGUAAUGGAAAAAGGGUUUGGUUUACGAGUCGAUGCCUGGAAGUGCUCUGAAGAGGAAUUAUUGCAAUCCAUUGAUAGCGUAUUGAAGAACACAGUUAUGGCCGAAAAGUGUGCGAAAGCUUCGCUUAGGAUUCAAACCGAGAGACGGAUUGAGAAAUUAGUUGAUUUAGUCCACAGUUUAGUUAAAUUAUAA